CCCCCCCCCCCAAACCAAGGCCGCAGAGUGUCACAGCCCCGUGCUCACUGACCGCGUUCAGGUGGGAAACUGAUCUUCACAGGCUUAGGGAAACUUCCAGAGGCCUACGCAGCGUUCUGUCACUGGUAGCUGUUUGACAACAUGCUGUCGUAUUCAGACAAUCACUGUCAUGUUAUGGGGUCGGUGUGUGGUGCAGCGGGCCUGUGAUCAGGUGGUUGCUGGUUCGAGCCCCAACCUCUUGAGCGAGGCCCUUAAUCCCCAGCACUAGGGCCACGGCUGAAAAAGAAUUUUCCCACAGGGAUUAAUAAAGUUUCUCUUCUGAUCUAUUUCAUUCUAAUGUGGAAGGAGGGUUUAAUUUUAAACAUUAUUGGAGCAUUUAUUUUGAACCUAGAGAUGCUGACGUGUAUCUUCACUUCAAAUACACUGACCAUAAAGCAGUAACAGUGUCUCCAGCAGCAGAGCCUUUUGCAGUAUGUGAACUCGGCAGUGUUUCACGUCUGUGUGCUUGGGGGUUUGUAACCUGUGCACUGUGAAGUUUGCUAGUGUGGUAGCGCUCAGAAACGUUUCCUACUUUAUCACACAAUUAUUCUAUUGGUGUAAACAGCUUUAUUUAUUCAUGGAAACUCUUUUUAGCUGUUUGGCUUCAGUUGAUUUACUAGUUUUCACAAACCAGCCAAGCAGACGGACGUUUCGCUGUUCAGUCUCUUCUGAGCUCAAACCGCUGUUUGUAUUAAAGUGCUUUCCAGUGGCUUUGGUUCUCUUCACUUAUCCUCCGUUUACUCACCACAAACCGCCGACAGAUUCUCCUCCAUCUCAGUGACAAUGUUCAGCCCUUUUCACAGCUUUAGACGGACACCAUCCCCUGAGACGCCUCCUUCAGGCAGCCCAACCUGAGCAGGGUUUGCCCAAGCGGCCGCCCAGCGCAGCCUUGAGGGCUGAGCGCAGUGCCUUCCAGGCCCCAGCUGCUGGCAGAGCCCCCAGCCAGCCUGCUCACUCUCUCUGACCUGGCCUUUUCCGGACUGGGCCCUGUUACUCCAGUCUGCAGUGCCCCAUUUCAGCUGUUCCUAUCGUCUUGGUAACCAGCGCAGUGUCCAGCCGUGGAAACCCUAGCUGUCAGAUAGUAUCCGUGUUCCCAGCAACUAUCUGCUGUGAGCUUCACGCCUUUCUUUUUGUAUCGCUCUCCCCCGGCUGCCUUGCCCCGCCUCUGGUCCCUUGAGGGCAGUCGUGUCUCUCAUUUCCCUGGUUUUCGCCCCCUCCCCCGCAGGUUCCUCUGCCUUCACGAUUUGGCCCCUGCUCUGGGCCGGGCAUUGACAGCUGUGGGGCCCUCGGGUUCAGUCCGGAGCCUGCAGGUGAUUCUCAUUUGCCUGCUGGGAGACGCGGGCACCCUAGGGGCCGCGCUGAGGGUGUCACCAGGGGAGACAGUGUGAAUGCAGGCUGGAGAGCGUCCUGCUCCCAGCAGGUCUGUACCAGCUGAAGACCGGCUCUCCGGAACAUUCCGCCAUCAGGCCAUCGCUGGGCUUCUGCUGUUCUCCGGCCAGAGGCACGAAGGGCCCCCAUCAAAGGGCUUUUUCACUUUACCUGGCAACCGCUGCCCCCCCCCCCCAAAUGCCAGCGACGGCAAUCAGAGCCUCAGCUGCCUGCCUGUGGGUGUAGCAAGUCUCGAGAUUCCCUCCAACAUGGAGAUGGAAUGAGGGAAGCUUCCGGAAGGGCCUAGGUGCUCAUGAGAAGCUGUCUGAGACCACACAUACAGCUCUGGGUGAUCUGGCCUCGCACUGGCCUCGCACUGGCAGCCAGUGGGAGACGUCCCACACUUGUGCUUCGAUGAACAUCCUGGGUGCCUCAACAUAUCCUCCUUAAACUCUACAUUAAUGGUGCCGUCAGGGGCCUGCUUUUCUACAAUAUCACUGCUAUAGCAAAGUGGCCCAGCUUAGGGAAGUGAUCGUGAGCGUCAGGGAAACACGCCAGUAGCCCCACUGCACAAUGAGCGGAAGUUGGCUCAGCCUGUGGGUUUCCUGCAGUUGCUGGAAGGGGGCGGGGCUGGCCUCUGGUGGCAGGCUGUGUUCUGGGGCCCCCUGGUGGUCAUGAAGAGGAAACUAUAAAAGAAUGUUAGGAGAAAUCUUCAGUGGGAUCUUUUCUGGGAAGUUGCAUCUUCUCUCACAGCUGAAAGACAUGCAGGAAUGUUAACUGGCAGCUGGAAAUUGUAUGUGUGUACGUUUGUGUGUGUGCAUGCGUGUGUGUGUGUGUGUGUGUGUGAAGGACUGGCAUCCUGCCUGGCCUGUGCCUGACCUUGUCCUAUGCUGCCUGGGACAGGCUCCGCCCCCCACACGCUGGUACUGGGGGGGAUGCAGAUAGCAUUAAACCAAAUAUGAUCUAAAUAAACAAGGUGUUUGUGAAGCGUGAUUGUUAAACGUUUAAUUAUAGAGGAUGCAUUUUAUUAAGGCAGCGGAUUUAAUCGGAGACUGGAUUCAGUCAGCGUCCAUGGGUUUACUUACAGACUGGAUUCAGUCAGGGUCCAUGGGUUUACUUACAGACUGGAUUCAGUCAGGGUCCAUGGAUUUACUUACAGACUGGAUUUAAUUGGCAAAAGUGGAUUUCAGUGAGGCAGUGGAUAUAAACAGGGUUAGCAGAUUUAAUCAGACACCGUAUUUAAUUAUACAGAGGAUUUAUGGUAGAUUGACAGAAUAAAACUAUAGUACGUUUCUAGAGAAAACACCUUAAAUUUGCAUUUUGCAUGAUUUAUUGCUUCUCACCUCCAAAUGUGGACAGACUGUUUACAGACACCAGGCUUUUUAAAAGGCACAGAAUUCUGCAUGAAGGCCAUGCAGCUGUAAAGCUGUCACAUGACUCAAGCUUUCAGCCUAUCACUGUUCUCCUGGGGGGCUCUGUGACUCCUCAAUAAAUUACAGACGAUAACCAGCAGUAAAUAAAAAUGUAGCACUAACCAUAAUUCACAGAGCCAAUCAGAUCCUUUGAACUGUCUAUGGUCCUACUAGAAUUUAAGAUAAUCACUGGUAAAAGAACAGGACAGCACUGGGUACACACUGUAAAUCACUCCUGGAUAUGAUGCCAUCGGUGACACUGUCCUGUGUGCCUUUCCAUAAACUGCAGUUUUUUCUGUUUUAUCAGUUUCCCUGAGUGUUAGAAUAAAUGCUGUAGCCUGUAGGGAACGUCCAGCCGGCACACCUCCACUGCCCCGUUUACAAACCUCGAUAGGCGGUGGUCUGUAGGGUGCGUCCAGCCGGCACACCUCCACUGCCCCGUUUACAAACCUCGAUGGGCGAUGGUCUGUAGGGGGCGUCCAGCCGGCACACCUCCACUGCCCUGGUUUCCCAGCCUGUAAAUCAGCAGCACAGUGAAUGACAUCCAUAAAAGAGGAAGUCAGAGGGCAUUGCUGACUUUCUCAGGACGGCAGACGGAGAAGGAGCAGGAACAAGCCGGAGCGGUGCUCGGCAUAUCGCGGCUUUGCAGGUAGGAGCCAUUUCUCUCUCUAAAUUAUUAAUUUGUGGAUGAGAAACCUUGUCGGGCUGCUAGAACUGCAGCAGCUUCACAAGUUAAUUAGUUCAGUCUGGUUUUGUCAGGAAACAUGUUUGUUUGGCUUAUGAGUUUUCACAGGAACCCUGCACACAGACAUGACAGUCUCUUACACACUUGAGGUAGCAGAUGCCAGAUUUGCUGGUUUCUCAAAACUACUGUUCAGGUGGAAAGGGAGCAUCUACAAAUUGCUCUACAAGGAGUUUCUGGUCUUCGGGCUUCUGUACAGUUUCAUCAGUGUUUUAUACAGAUGCCUCCUCGCCCCAAAACAGCAAGAAUGGUUUGAGCAAAUAGCCAUUUACUGCAACCAGUUUGCGGACCUGAUCCCCAUGUCGUUUGUACUGGGCUUCUAUGUCACCCUGGCCUUUAACCGCUGGUGGGGUCAGUACACCAGCUUCCCCCUGCCUGACAACCUAAUGAUGGUCGUGUCGGGGAACGUGCACGGCACAGACGAGCGGGGCCGCCUGCUCAGACGCACCCUCAUGCGAUACGCCAACCUGUCCUCUGUACUCAUCCUGCGCUCUGUCAGCACACGGGUUCGCAAGCGCUUCCCCACCGUGGAGCAUGUGGUAGAGGCAGGCUUUAUGACUCAGGAGGAGCAGAGGAAGCUGGAUGCCCUGUAUUCAGACUUUAAUAAGUACUGGAUGCCCAUGACGUGGUUCGUAAACCUGGCCUCUCAAGCACGCAGGGAGGGCCGUGUCCGGGAUGACGUGGCACUCCGCCUCCUCAUGGAUGAGCUGAAUGAGUACAGGGCCAAGUGCAGUUUGCUUUUCCAUUAUGACUGGAUCAGCAUCCCGCUCGUCUACACUCAGGUGGUGACUCUGGCUGUGUACUCCUUCUUCACUUUCUGCCUGAUCGGACGGCAGUUUCUGAAUCCGGCUAAAGGUUACAGUGGCCACACCCUGGACCUGUACAUUCCCGUUUUUACACUCCUGCAGUUUUUCUUCUAUGCUGGCUGGCUGAAGGUGGGGGAACAGAUCAUCAACCCGUUUGGAGAUGAUGAUGAUGACUUUGAAACGAACCAGCUAAUAGAUCGAAACAUUCAGGUGUCGAUGCUGGCUGUGGAUGACAUGCACCAGGAUUUGCCGGCCGCUGAGAAGGAUAAGUACUGGACGGAGGAGUGUUUCAGCCCGCCUUACACUGCUGCCACAGCAAUGGAGACGCUGAAGCCGGCCUUCAUGGGAUCAACCUUUGACAUGUGGCUGCUGAAUCACACUCCACAAAGUUGUACCAGGAACACUUUAUUACAAUGCAUCACAAGAUAAAACCGCAAGUGCAUGACAAACUGCCCCUUUAGCCAAGGACCACCCUAAGAGACACUUAUGCCUCCCCAUGGGGAAGCUGGUGCUCUGCAUAUUCCCUCAGGUACGAGACACACAGGUAGAAAUACAGGCGAGGACAAAGUGGGACUUCACGGUCAGCCAGCGUGCAGCGGCACGUCGGGAUUUUGCCGUUCGACGUGUCCCUGGGUCCAUGAGGGACGGCUUGUGUUUCAGUGUGGUGAUAUCACAACACUGCCAAUUUGAGGGGAAAAAAAAACAUUCUCAAUACUCUGUGCUGGUGACCACAAGGUUGCUGGUUCGAGCAUUGUUACUGCUACUAAUAAUAUUGUCUUCAACCAGCAACCUUGUGAUCACAAUCAGCCUCCUGCUCCCUGUUCAUAAUCAGACAACCAGAAAACCUGUAAUAGUUCCGCACACCAGCGCCAUGACCUGCAUGUCUGGCGAAACCCUCCCACGUAACCAGCAUCACUCUAUGCUACCCCCACCAGGAUGAGCGAGGACCCCACCCAGCACCAAACUGUGGAGACCCCCAAGACUCCUCACAUGCAGACCCCAAGGACAGGUCACCACAGAGGCGCGGGAGCCUCGCCCGCGGUCAGCCUGAAGAACUUUGGACGCACAGGCCGGGCCC